AUGGACCUCGUCAAGCCCCCGGAACCGCUGCAACUGUCCGGCAACAUCUGGAAAAACUGGCUGGUAUUCAAGCAGAAGCUGCAGCUGUUCAUCACCGCUACGGGACCGGAGAAGCCCCGCCCAUCGGCCGUAAAAGCAGCGAUUCUUCUGAGCACCGCGGGGGACGAGGCGCUCGAUGUCUACAACAACUUCUCGUUUGCCGAAGAGACCGAGCCUUUCGAGCGGUUCCUACGGGACUUAAAAAAGCAAGCAAAGCUGUGCAACUUCGGUACGCUUGAAGAGUCCAUGAUCAGGGAUCAAGUGGUGUUUUGGACAAAUAAUGCGAAACUUCGAGAAAAGUUGCUGAGUGACAAAGACUUAAACUUGCAGAAAGCAGAAGAAAUUUUCAAAGCCGCUGAGCUUGCUGCCAUUCAGAGCGCAGCAUGGUCAAAUGAAAGCCUGCACGUUGACGUUACACGCCGAACACACCGCACGAAGUUUGUGAAUGGAACUCGGUGUCAAAAUUGUAACAAGGUACAUGCCCCCGAGCGGUGCCCGGCGUAUGGAAAAACUUGUUAUGCAUGCAAGAAACGAAAUCACUUCGCCGCAUGCUGCAACAAUGCGCGGAGGAUAAGCGAGGUUCACAAAGCCGAAGAAAGCGAUGAAAAUUUUGACAUCUUGGGCAUCAGCAUUUGCGGCGUCACCGGAGAUAUAGGAGCGGAUUGGAUGGUUCGCGGAAAAAUAGCCGGUCAGGAGAUACAAUUCAAGGUAGAUACCGGGUCUCAGGCAAAUUUGCUGCCCCUAACCCUGUUCAAUCGAAUCGCCCACGUAAGCACUCCGCGAAAGAGCGCCGCUGUCCUCGCCGCCUACAACGGCAGUACAAUCAAACACGUUGGCGUGGCGACCGAAGAUCUCGAGAUAAACGAAGCACAGCAUUCGGUCUCGUUCUUUAUCGUGAAAAGGGGGCGCCAAGCCAUCCUUGGCUUAAAGACAUGCCAGCAGUUUGGUCUGGUACCGGUGACAACGGACGCCGUGAAGGUAGACGAUGAGCAAACGAAAUUCCAGCUUGCAUUUCCUGACCUCUUCAGCGGCACCGGCUGCGUCAGGCGAGCCUACAAAAUGGUGCUACGAGAGGAUGCCGUUCCAGUCGUGCAGCCUGCCCGCAGAGUACCCAUAGCGUUGAAAGGACGCCUGCGACAAGAACUGCAACGAAUAGAAAAGGCCUCAAUUAUCGUCAAGGUGGAUGAACCAACUGACUGGGUGAACCCCCUGGUAGUUGUGCACAAGAAGGAUGGUACCCUUCGCAUUUGCAUGGACCCUAGAGCAGUGAACAGGAGCAUUAAGCGGGAGCACUAUCCUAUGCCUUCACGAGAGGACAUAGAGAGCGAGCUGGCAGGAGCACAAUACUUCUCCCAGCUCAACGCUAAUGCCGGCUUUCAUCAGAUUCCUUUAGAUGAGGCCACUUCACGAAUAUGCACUUUUGCGACACCAUUUGGGCGGUACCGUUUUUUGCGUCUGCCUUUCGGAAUUUCCUCAGCCAGCGAGGUGUUCCAGAAGACUCUAACAGAGAUGUUCGAAGGGCUGCCGGGAGUGCGCGUCUACGUAGACGACGUUUUAAUAUGGGGCGACUCAAAGGAAGAACACGACGAACGCGUCAUCGCAGUACUAAGGCGGGCGCAAGAGGAAGGGCUGACAUUUAAUCCAGCUAAAUGCGUGUUCUGCACCACGCAGGUUGCAUUCCUUGGAGACGUUAUCGAAAGAGACGGAAUUCGUCCUGACCCCGAUGUAAUCGAAAGCAUCCGUGCCAUGCCAGCCCCAAAAGAUAAACAGGGUGUGCGCAGAUUACUCGGGGUUGUGAACUACUUUCGGAAAUACCUGCCAGCUUUGAGCGACAAAACGGCGUUGCUGCGUAGCCUGGUGAAAGAAGCGUCGGUGUUUGAGUGGACAACAGCGACAGUCUUCCUAAGGCAGGCCACUACCACCCUUGGAAGCCGGAAAUGUGGUCCGGAUGAAACAUGGAAGCUGGUCACGCCGAGCGAAAGUGGUACAAGAGACUGCACCACGAUCAUACGUGAUGUGCACGUGGUCGUUCUUCACGUUGGCACUAACAAUGUCCGCGAAGAACCCCUUGUGCUGAUUGCCAGGUUCCGAUCACUGAUCUCCGGAAUUCUUGAUGUCAAUCCGUCAAUCCGUGUGGUAGUGUCUGCAUUUCUGCCGAGACAAGCGAGUUUGCGCAAAUGCCAGUGGGCGCUGUCUGUCGGAGAAUUGGAGGCGUUACACAUGGAUGCCGUGGAGAUGAAUGCCAUUUUGCAGGCGCUGUGCCACAAGAACGGCUAUGGUUUCGUGCACGGCACACACGAGCUGAUGGGGAUGCUGAAGGCUGACGGUGUGCACGUGACGAAACGUGGUAGCCAGCAGCUCCUCUACUCAGAAGGGCAGAUUAAGCAAGCUGACAAGAACUACUAA